CGAGACCGUGAUGACGGCUCCGGUGACCGAACCGAGUCUGGCCAGCCCUCCGGAUCGAGCACAACUUCAGUCAGGAGACGAGGCCCGAAGAAAAAGUUGAGCUCGGAUGAAAGGUUUGAGAUCACAGCAAUCGCGCACGAUGGCGACCCGAUUGAACCCAUCCGUACAAAGAAUGCAUUUGCUGCUCAGUGCGGGGCUCUUGUUAGGGACAAGAUCCCGAUCAGCAUCCACCAAUGGUAUAAGCCUAAGGAGGAAGACCCUCAGGUGUCUUAUGUCAAUGAUAUGCAGAAAGAUGAUCUUUGGACUGAGCUGAAGGCAAAAUUCACCCUACCGCCAAAGGAGGAUCCGGAGAAGCCAGUUAAAGAGCAAUUAAUCAAGUCUUGUGCUCUUAAGAAGAUGGCAGGCCUAUUCAGGAGGUGGAGGAAAGAGCUGAAAAAGUUUGUCGACAAAGAAGAGACACCAGAAUUCAUCGGCAAAUAUGAGAAGAUCAGAGAUCACUGGCCCUCAUUUGUGGCCCACACGACAUCAGAAAAGAGUAAGAAGAUGUCGACGACAAACAAGCAAAAUGCUGCGAAGAAGAAGUUUCACCAUCGCAUGGGGUCAGGUGGCUACCUCAAAGCCCGGCCUAAGUGGUCCAAGGCUGAGAAUGAUCUGCUUGAUAAAGGGAUCGAACCAGAGACAAUGAAAUGGCCAGACCGUUACCGGACUUGGUUCUUCGGGGUUGGCAGAACCUUGGACCCUAUAUCAGGGAAGUGCCAUUGGACGGACGAGCAACUGAAAACACCAGUCAAUAGGCUUCGGCACUAUAUCGAUGCAGCGCAGCAAGGGACGUUCGUUCCAGACAGGGAGAAGGACGAGCUCACAAUGGCCCUCAGGAAUCCUGAGCACCCUGGACGGACACGAGGCACGCCAGGCUACAUUCCGUGGAAGGUUGGUUUUCCGGACGCAGGGGGUUACAAAAUCCACGAGAGGAGGAAGAAACUGGAGCAGAGCAAACUGCAUGCAUUGCACGAAAGGGUACAAGGGCUAGAGGAACGAGAAGCAGAUCGCAACAAACGAUCUGCCGAAGUUUCCCCCGAAGCUACCCCGCCAUCUCAGCGGAGAAGCAGUGUGGCUUUCACCGAGCUGCUUCAGCCAGAGCAUGUCUUGACGGCUCCUGCUAGCUACCCCGUGGAUUUUAUCACGGAGGCUCAAAAUUGCCACCUUAUGACGCAAUGGCAGAACUUAAAAGUCAAGGCGGCUAUCGGCCAAGUUCGACCUUCUGAACCUGGCGCAACUUUUCACUGUCGUCCGAUUCCAGAAGGAUAUGCUAGGGUGACGGUGGACAAAAUAACGGAGGGAUUUGAGGACCUCCAGCUUGACCACCCUACCGAGAAGUUACCGUACGAGAGGACCAAGGAGGAAAACGCGAAGAUCAUGCAGGCCGAAGUGGACGACUUCUUUGAAGGGUUGAAAGCAAAGAGACAUCCACCUCCGGAGGAGAAGGUAGAUCCGGUGAAAGCAAAGCGCACUAUCGAUCCCCUGAGGAAACCACCAAAGUCUCCACCGAGAACCAACUAUGAGCGCAUUACUGAAGAGACAUAUCUCGAAGCGGAGCGGCCGGGAAGUACUGUCAGUGAUAAAAGCGGCGACAUCGUCGCUAAUGCUCCGUGGACGGUGGCCAGUUAUGGCAAUCUUGCAGAUUACCUGCCUGACGAUCAACUUCCUGAUUUCUUGGAGGUGGACGAACACAGAUACGAGUACGGGAAGCCUCUUGUCAAAGAUGAAAAAUCUCUAACAACGAUGAUGCGAAGAUUCCAUAAUUGGUACAUGAAAAGCUGCAGAGAGUCUGGGGGGACGAAUGCUUUGUAUCUGAAUAUUAAAGAGGAGCACAACCUCGUUGGAACUGAUCUGUUGACUGUUCCAUUUGAGGAGUUCUUCGAGUUCUUCAAUCAAAAGGCCCUCGAUAAAUUAACGGCCUUUUGCUACUGUUUAUUGAAGAUCGUCGAGUGCAAAAAACAAGAAAUGUAUGAUAUUGGGUUCAUUAACACAAAUAUC